CCCAAGCCUUGCCAGCAGCCGCAGCCGCGGCGCCGGUGCAAGCGCAAGCGCGCGACAACUUCUCCACGCCUUCCCUCCGUCUUCCCCGUCGCCGCGACAACCAUCCUCGCAUGGAUAUGGUCCGGAAUCGGAUAUAUAUAUAUGCAUAUGCUCGAGCUCCCCACUUUCGAGUGCUCACUCGUUACAUCCAGGCAUCGAGAACACAGCAUGGGGCAAGGUUCCGACGAAGGCGCCGACGGCGCAGGGCACUCGGCGUGGCCGAGCGGCGGCGACGCCGACACACCCGUGGCGCCCACGGCGGGUGCGGCGGCCGCCAUGACGCUCGGCAGCAUCCUCACCGUCGCGGGCAUCCUCCUGCUCUUCGUCAUCUUCGCCUUCGGCCUCGCCUCCCUCCAGUACUGCUUCCAACGGAGCGAGCGGCGGCGCCGUGGUCCGCGGACGCCCGCCGGUGGUAGCACCAGGGGUGGUGGGACGAUGCGGACCAGCACCAGCGGGGGCGUCGACCCGGAGCUGCUGCGCUCGCUGCCUGUCACGGUGUACCAUCUGGCGACGCGAGGUGCGGACAAGGAGCGGCAGGACGCGGUGGUGGAGUGCGCCGUGUGCCUCGCCGAGCUCCAGGACGGCGAGGAGGCGCGGUUCCUGCCCCGCUGUGGCCACGGCUUCCACGCCGAGUGCGUCGACAUGUGGCUCGUCUCCCACACCACCUGCCCGCUCUGCCGGCUCACCGUCUCCAAGCCCGACGGCGUAUCUCCUCAUCCGGUGUCUUCCUUGGCUCUUCCACCGGUCCCGCCGGAGCCCGCGAGCUACGCCACCGCCAGCCUCCCCGUCAGCGUGCUUCUUGGGGUGUCUGGCCAUGACGUGGUCACCGCGGUGACCACGAACCCAUCCACCUUGGUGAUCGAGAUCCCCGAGCUGGCCGUGCCGACGCCGACGCUGACACCGUGCGACGCUGCCAAGUCACCGGGGUCGGCGAGGCUGAGAUCGAUCAGGAGGCUCUGGAGCUUCGGAAGGCAAGGCGCCGGAGCGACUUCUUCAUCCUGCUCAUGUGCCGGUGCAGGUGCCAGCGAAGGAGUCGACUUGGAGCAGGGUAUCAGCUAGCUUUACCAUUACCAUAGAAGAGGCACAGCACCGGAACGGGGUAUGCGGCCGACCGGCCAGUCGGAGAGCAGCACCAAUUUCUGCGCUCUCUGCAAUGGUGCAGAUGUAUAUUCAGUUAAUGUGCCAUUUCUUAAGUAAAUUGAAAAAUAGAUUUGUGUUGUUUUAUAUCUAUAAAAUUUUAGAGCGUAAUAAGAAAGUCCACUUCAGAGCUGAAA